UACUUUGAUACUCUCCAUUUUGAAAACCACAAAACGUGCAUUUCCAGGCGUCUGCAGUAGCCAGAUGUCAACAAAAUUGACGUUUCAACUUUAUUAUUCGCAACAGUAUUUGUAUUUAAAGCCGUGAUUAUAAAUCUACCAUCAGUGAUGCAAAGAGCAAAUGGUAAUACACAUUUUCAAGAUGGACAUGAAGGACACCACCCUCGUAAAAGAAAACUUGAUAAAGAUGGUUUUGUUUGUCCUACAACACCUGAUAUUCCAAGAAACUCUCACCACUACGUGGAAGAUGAACAACAUGGGAAUUUUAAAUCAUUAGGUGCACAAUCUAAUUUCACCACAUUUGCUGGGGACUUUGAGCAAGCAGAUAGUGCCUCUGUAUCAACUUAUUUUAAAGCUAAGGAAGAUAAUGCCAAUAUAAAAAUGAUCAAAAAUAAUUCCACAUACAGACAAGGGGCAGAUAAUUCAUCAUUUGAGCAAGCAGCUAACAGUCAUUCUUUGGAAAUGGGCAGUAACCAGAAUGCAGAUGGCCAGACAGAAAAUGACAGCAGCCAAGGUCAGAUUUCAAGACAAGAUAGCCUUGGGUUUAAGAUAGGAGAAGAUAGUGAUCAGAGCCAGGAGCCAGGGGAGGCAACAAAUGUAUAUGACAAUUAUAAUUCAGAAUUUGAUGAAGGGAAGAGAAGGUUAAAAUAUGGAACAAAGUCAGACCAACCCAAUGAAGAAGGAGCAGCAUCUCAAAUUGGCAUCAACAACAUAUUGCAAUCUCUUGUGAAAGGUUUUGAACAAGAAUCCAGUGCCAUGUUUGACACUUGGAGCAAGACAUUUGGACAAUGUGGAGAAUAUGAGGUGCUAUGUCAACAGAGGUUGGAUGGAAUGAUACAGAAUGCUAGAUCUAUGGAAGAUAGUUUAAAUGGUAAGAAAGAUGCCCUCUGUAAUAGACUGAAGGGAAUUGGUAAAACAUUGGAAACAUGAUGUGUCCACAAGGUAAAAAUGAAAGAUAUGCAUGUCCACAUGUCAGUCAGUGACUUUUUCAGAUGAUUUGUCUAAAAUAUACAAUAUCUUGUAAUUUUGACAGUUGAUAGGCUUUAUAUGACAGGUAGAAAUUGGACAAAACUACAUCAGUUUUGUCUGUUAAAUGAAUUUACUUUUUGAUCUGUUAUGUUAUUAAUGUCCAAAAUGAUCCAAAAGCUCCAGAAAAUAAAUGAUGUGUUUUAUUGGUGCAAUGGAAUAUAUUAUUACAGUAUUUGGGUUAUAAUAUAUGUUCAAUAAUGUUGUUGUUUUUGUUGUUGUAUUUGUUCUUGACCAUUUGCUAUAUCAUUGCAGCUCCCCUAGAUAUCUUAUUUUUGUUGGUGUAAUAAAUAUAUAUGUG